CUGUUAUUCUGUUGUUCCGUUAUUUUGUGACCUCUAUGAGUCUAUUCGCUGGAGACUUGCAAGGAAGAGACUGAACUGCCCUCGGGCUGAUUCUACUCCUGCUAGUGUGGGCAUCCUUCGACCCGGCUCUCCAGACACCGGCCCAACCCGUCUGCGACCAAAGCGUCAUGAACAAGUUCAUCCAAGAUGCCGGCAAGUUGGAGAGGGACAUUGUGGACCUUUGCAAAGAUGCCUGCGCCUUACCUGAACAUGUGACGGUGUCGGAUACCCGGGUGAAUUUUCCCGACUGGCGAGCGAUGGAGAGGUCCAGGCAGGCCUCGGAAGUGUGGCGGAGCCAGGCGCUCCUCUCCGUUGCCGUUGGCCGAGUCAAAAGCCACCAGCCUCGCAUGCAGCCUUUUCUCCGUCAGCUGGAGGUGAUGGAGAGCGGCCUGAGGAGCGUCCGUGAGAUUCUGCGCAGGCACAACGCCCAG